AUGAAAGUUUACGUCGACGAUAUGCUUGUGAAGAGUACCAGGGCCACCCAACACAUCGACCAUUUGGGGAAAAUGUUUGGCGUGUUGAGAAGAUACCACAUGAAACUAAACCCCCUGAAGUGCGCCUUUGGAGUUAGAUCAGGGAAAUUCCUUGGUUUCUUAGUCAGUAACCGGGGGAUAGAGGCUAAUCCCAAAAAGAUAAAAGCCUUGCAGGAUAUUAGGUCUCUGACUAAACCAAAAGAGGUGCAAAGGUUGACGGGGUGUGUCGCCGCUCUGAACAGAUUCAUAUCAAAGGCAACGGAUAAGUGCGUUCCUUUCUUCGAUGCUUUGAAAGGAAGAGUCGGCGUUCUGUUGAUCAGCCCGGAAGGCCACAAGAUUACUUCAGCGGUACGAUUUAAAUUCAAGGCGUCGAAUAAUGAAGCAGAGUAUGAGGCGCUGAUUACAGGACUGCGAUUGGCAAAUUACUUGAAAAUUGAGAGGCUCGGCAUCUUCAGCGACUCUCAACUGGUCGUUGGACAAGUAAAAGAAGAAUACCAAGCGCGUGGCAAAAAAAUGGGUGCGUACUUGAGAAAGGUAAAGGAAGAACUCAUCAAGUUCAAAAGCUAUGAAAUACUUAAAGUACCACGAGUUGAGAACACCAACGCCGACGCCCUGGCAAAGCUAGCAUCUUCAAGGGAUUCUGAAAUACUAGGGAUCGUUCCUAUUGAAGAACUUGAGUGGCCGACCAUUGAGGCCUUGACCAUCUAG